UUAAGCUUUUUCUUGCAACAUCUUUUUUAUAUUAGAAUAGAAUAUGAUCAUAAGACAUAGUUAUUUAUAAAUCUGCAUGAGAAGUCUUAGUUUCCACUUAUGUAAUAUAAAAGUUUUCCUCAUUAGAUUGAAUCAUCGAAUUUAGUAAAAAUGUUUUCGCGGAAUUCUCGUGUUCAAGUGUUAUUUUUGGCAAAGAGAUCUUGGCAGUGUUGUUAUCGUUGUGCUAAGUCCUUAUCUUCCCAGGCCAAAGAGAAACCUCUAACAAAUGAGGGUCCUUGGAGUUUAUACUCGCAGAAAGUAGCUGAUGGUGUGCUCAGUAAGGAUUCCCACCAAGAAAUGGUGGUUAAACAUUUACAAGAUUUAUAUCAAGAGGUUUCGUUAUUUCAGCGACCUAUCAUCAAACCUAGGUAUGGUGAAUCGUUAUUCAGCAUAUUUAGGAGGAAAGAACCAGAGAAAAUCAUUGCACCCAAAGGCCUCUAUAUUUAUGGGAGUGUUGGUGGUGGAAAAACCAUGUUGAUGGACUUGUUCUAUGAAACAGCCCCGAUUAAAGAAAAACUGAGAGUGCAUUUCAACUCUUUCAUGUUAAAUAUUCAUGCAAGAAUACAUGAACUCAAAAUCAAAUCGGGAAAAGGUGCAAGUUCAUUCAGAGAUGAAGGCUCAAAACCUUUUGACCCCAUCCCUCCUGUGGCAGCUGAUAUAACUCAGGAAUCAUGGCUAAUAUGCUUUGAUGAAUUUCAAGUUACAGAUAUUGGGGAUGCAAUGAUUCUUAAGCGAUUGUUUACACAAUUGUUUGAUAACGGUUGUGUGGUUAUAGCAACCAGUAACCGGAAGCCAGAUGAUUUGUAUAAGAAUGGCUUGCAGCGAUCAAACUUCUUGCCAUUUAUACCAGUUCUUAAAGCACAUUGCAAUGUUAUUCAACUUGAUUCUGGUAUUGAUUAUAGAAUACGAGGCACUAGUAACAAGUAUGGAAAAUAUUUUAUAAAUAGUGAACUCUCACCUGAAAAUAAUGAUGUAGACAAUUUAUUUAAGUUCCUCAUAUCAAAAGAGAAUGAUACAGUGAGAGUAAGAGUGAUUAACAUUCUAGGAAGGAAUGUCAAAUUUGCCAAAACUUGCGGUCGCAUUUUAGAUUCAACAUUUGAAGAAUUAUGUGACAGACCAUUAGGUGCUAGCGAUUAUCUUAUAAUAUCUAAAACGUUCCACACUGUAUUCAUAAGGGAAUUACCACAGUUAUCUAUUGUGAAACAUAGAUCACAAAUAAGAAGAUUCAUCACUCUCAUCGACACUUUAUAUGACAACAGAGUACGGGUUGUCAUUGCCGCAGAUUCCGAGCCAAAGGAUCUAUUUUAUCUGGACGACGUGAAAGACGGAUAUGGGGAUGCUGACAGAGCUUUGAUGGAUGACUUAAAAAUAACAAAAGACUCUGAAGACGCAAAAGCAGCUAUAUUCACAGGUGAAGAGGAAAUGUUCGCAUGUGAUCGAUGUCAUUCGCGUAUCAUGGAAAUGCAGACAGAUGAAUAUUGGGAGAAAUGGGGAACGCAUCUCAAUUGAAACUAUUGAUAGUUAAUUUAUUUAUAAUUAAUUUGUUACAUUAGGUAGUACACGGUAGCUUCUUUUCGUCGUAACAGUGGCUCAGUAAAUCUGUUCAUUGGUAAACAUAGUUAUUUUUGAAGAAAAAUAUAUAAAUAGUUCGUUGCAUAUAGGAUGCAUAAUGUAUCGAGUGCCAGCGGCGCGGCGCUGUGCGGUAUCUGUAUCGUUGUUUUAUGAUACCUAAUUCAGUAGCUUCCAAAUUUUGUAAUGAUUGAACCACAGGUUUUAACUUUUUACCACUUGUGUAGUAAAAUUCAUUUAUUUUGAAUAUUGUUUAAAGUUAGUGAAGAUCGGAUAGAUUAAAGGGGCUUACGAUGUUCGACAAUAAAAAAAAAUGUGUACCUAUGAGUUGAGCACUGAUAUGAGUUUUAAUAUCAUAAUGUUUAGUACGAGCCUAAUUUAAAUAUACGAUAUCAUGAUAGUAGUCUGAAAAUAAAUGAAACGUGAACUGCGCAACGCAGUUGCCAGCGACAUUCGUCUUUUCACCCCGUGUUUAGAGAAUUAACUGUCAAUUUAUGUUGUAAAGAUACAUUGUGGCAUAGUUAAAAAUUUUAAACAUUUAGAAAACUACGAACGAUUUUGAACUCUGUAGCGAAUUCGUAAAUUCUCUACGAGUCUUACGAACAUACGUAUACAAUGUAGUAUAGAUGAAUAUUAUUUUAACAUUUAUGUAAUUUAUACAUAUACAAGUAUUUUAUAUAGAUUAAUGGAUAGAGGUAAGCUGUCGGGAGUUAUUUGAGGAAAUACGUGACUGGUAUAUUGAACCCUCUGUGAUAUCAUACGAAGAUUUGUUGUCGUCACGGAUUAUAGCAAAUUAAGCUUAUUCUUCGUUGAACUCGUGGAUCAAUAACGGAAUCAUUUCUGCUAAGAUUUCGGUAUCGUUUCCGGUUAAAUUGAGAAAACCUUUUCUAGUAUAAUUUCGCUCUAUUUACAGAGAAUAACCAGUCAACUCAAACUUCAGCUCAACAGAGAAUAACCAGUCUAACUCAAACUUCAGCUCUUUAUGUUAUUUCCCGCCCCCACUGCGAUUUGCAGAUGAAAAGGUAAAUUAACGCCAAAUAACAAACAAUAAAUUGAAACAGCAGAACGUUCUCAUUGGGUCCAGCUAUUUCUAUUAUGACCAUUUUAAACUUGUGGCAUACAUACCUUUAUAUUUCGGUAAAAAUCAUUCACUGAAUAUACAGGUAGGUAACCAAUAUCAUUUCGGUGCCUUAGAAAACGUUUAAUAAAUUAAGUUGUAAAACACAGAACGAUAUUUUUAACUGAAGCUAACCGCUAAAUUAAUACCGGUUGGCGGUUCGUUUGAUAAAUACUAGAAAGCUCUCGGCAUUGUGGUGCCUACCAUUAAAACUAACAACUUUUGUUCUACGACUUUUCAAAAAUUCAGUAUUAAUAUAUUUUGUACAAAAAAAAAAUCAUGUUGUAUCUGUAAAUGUGAUUCGGCAUAAUCGCAACAAUACAUCGGCAACAUAGUCGGGUCAGUGAUUGCACGAAAGUCGUGUUUCGCGAGCUGUUGCCGAUGUAACAUUACAGAGUAGUAACAAAUACAGUACCUAUCUAUAUUAAAAAUUUCACAAAUUAGCGAGUUAAAAACAAAAGUUGUUAGUUUUAAUGUAAACUUCUGCAGCUUAAUCAUGAGCUUUCUGGUAUUUUUUAUUUAACCCUGUAUUUUACCUAACUAGUUUGGUCUCGAUUAUUACCACAGGACAGGCUGCUCUUAAAUAGUUUUUGUCUACAAUUGAUUGAAGCCAUUUUGGCGUUCUAAUUUUGAUGCUGAAAUAAGAGUGUCUAAGCAACUAAAGUUUGAAUGAGUAAAAAAAAAGUAACCAACUAUACCUACUAUAAGUAUUCUAUGUUAGUUCCAGAGACACUCGUAUGUGGCACUAAUUUGGCAAUUCUAAGGGGGACAAAAUGUACAUUUCAUUUGUAGAUGGACAUUCGAGUGUUAUUAAAAUUAGGUCAGUAAUAAGAACUUAUACAUUAUUUAAAUUAUGAAAAAUUAUAUCGUUUUAAUUUCUCGUAAUCGAACUGUUUUACUUAGGUAGAUUAGGUAUAAAAUAUUGCUUUUGAUUUAUUCAGCUGAGCGAAUAAACUUUACUUUGUUUAUUUGUUUUAAAGUUUUAGUGGCAUUUCAAUUCUUCUUUAUUAUAUUAGAUACGUGACUAAUUAUAUAGUAACCAAGUGCCUAAGUUUUUUAGAUAAAAUUUAUUGUUGUUCGUUUUUCGUUAUCGCCUUACUCAAGUAGGUACUUGAAAUUACAACUUUGUAUUUAAACAAAUCGGUAAUUGGUAUUGCCAGCGUGGAAAUUAAAACACAAUAUUUACUAUCAGACCAUAAAUACUUUACCUUACCUUUCUUCUUUCUAGCUUUACAAAUUAAUAGGCAUAAUGGUAGAAUAUUUAGAUGCUUUAGUAUAUUUAAAUUACAAGACGAAGUUACGUUUAAUUUAUUUAAAAAAAUAUGUUUGUUUUUAAAAUAGUACAAAUGAAUGCACUAAGAUCAGUAUUAAACGACAUUCUCGAUAAAUUAAGAAGCGUUGUUCCUUAAUAUGUUGAAUAUUAUUUCUUCACGUUAAUGUGUAGCUAUAG